GCUGGAGGCUAUUUGCUUCAAGCACCCACUGCUUCAACAAGUUCGAAGCAGCCUAAAGAAUCUCCGACAAAGGCUUUUGGCGGAUCUGAAUCUCAAGGAGCUGGCACAUCACAGCCCUCUUCACCACAGGCAAAGUCCUUCUUCAGAUGUCCCGAGUGCGAUACGAUUGUGAUGAGCAUUGAUGAGGCCUUGAUGCACUGCGGCGCUUCCAUGGCCGGAGGUCAAACUACCUCCAGUCGCAUGCCUUCAGGUGAACCUGUGGCGCUGGAUGAGUAUGGUAAGCCAUUGAUUGUUAGGGUGACCCAACCAACUGGUGAACGAGAAACUGUCGUCAGACUGCCAGAUGGACAGCAAAGAACAUUUGAUGCGGAUUCUGUUAAAAAGAUCACCAGUGCUUCAGACCUUGAAAACGCCAAGUUUUUUGAUGAUCUGAGUAAUACUGAGUUACGUGGCCUGGUGCAUGAGGUGGGACAGCGGCUCUUGGAAGGCUCACAACUCUACCACAGCAGACUGGCCGAGCUGGACAGGCUUGGGGAGGUCUUCAAUCUCAAGUUCUUUGACCUUGAUGAAAGUGCCACGGCACGAGACCUCGACAAUGCGUAUCGAAAACUGGCGAAAAAGAUGCACCCGGACAAGAACGGUGGAACCGAGGAAGCCAAGCAAAGGUUCCAAGCAAUGAAAGAGCGAUAUGAGGCUCUUAAGAAAAAGCUUUCAGAGGAGAAUGGAGAUCAAAAGAGUGAAGGCGGAGAGAGUCAGAGCCAGAAAGAAGAUGGGAAGAAAGAGGACUCCAAGAAUGAGGAUGGCAAGUCAAUCGAGUAUGACCCUGCCAACAAGGAGUCCAUGGUCAGCACUGUGGUCCGAAUGGCAAGUCAGCUGAAGAACAUUGAUGUUCAAAUGGCCAUUCUGAUGAAGGAGCUCUCACGAGUGCAAAAUCCUGAAGGGACUUUGACGGAAUGUGAGACCUGACGAUGCGGGGAAGGACAGUCGGGUUCAGUGCACAAGACAGCCUAGCGACUUAACUAUCUGACCA